AAAGAUUUCUGUGUUUUUCUUUCUUAAACAUUAGAAGAAGAAAAAACAAGAAAAAUUGCACCCAAAUCUUGAUCUUUCCCCAACAAAACUAGGGUUUGUUUUUGUUUUUUUAAUCAAAAACAUAUCUCUAGUAUCCCUUUUGCGGUGUUGAAAGAAGGCAGGGCAGAAAAGGUGGCUCUUUCUUCACAACCAAGGUCCAAGAAUUGGUGUAUUUUGGUAAAAACAGACAGCUUUCCAUAUUGUUGUUGAAAUGAGAGUUGUUGAUUGAAUGUAGGUGAAAGAUGUUAUUUCUGAUUUGGGUGUUUGAGGGGAGGAAGAAAAGGAUAUUUUGACAAUAGAUAAGGGAAGGGGGUUGAAGAUUGUUUAAGAGUAAACAUGGAGGCUCCUGCCAACCCCCGGAAGAAGAUGGUGAAGCAACUGACCGGGAAACGGGAAGACACAGCGCUGCAUUCUGCGGCUAGAGCAGGGCAGAUUGUGGCUAUUAGGAGCAUCAUCAAUGGUGCUGAGGGAGAGGAGGAGCUCGGUGAUCUGCUGUCGAAGCAGAACUCAGCUGGUGAGACGCCGUUGUUUGUGGCUGCAGAGUAUGGCUACUUUGAGGUGGUGCGGGAGAUGAUCAGCCACUACUCUUUAGCCGAUGCAGGAAUCAAAGCCAAGAAUGGAUUUGAUGCCCUCCACAUUGCUGCCAAGCAAGGCGAUUUGGGAGUGGUGAAGGUGUUGAUGGAGUCGCAUCCGGAGCUAUCUAUGACGGUUGAUUCAUCGAACACGACAGCUCUGCAUACAGCUGCGACGCAAGGGCACAUGGAAAUAGUGGAGUACUUGUUGGGUUGGGAGAGAAAUCUGGCUACUAUAGCCAAAAGCAAUGGCAAAACAGCACUCCACUCUGCAGCCAGGAACGGGCAUUUAGGCGUUGUCGACGUCCUUCUGGAGAAGGAGCCCCGGAUCACUACACGAACCGAUAACAAGGGCCAGACCGCACUCCACAUGGCCGUUAAAGGCCACAAUACUCAUGUGGUUGAAAAGCUUAUCACGGCCGAUCCCUCCACCAUCAAUAUGCUCGACACUAAAGGAAACACUGCAUUGCACAUCGCCACUCGCAAAGGCAGAGCUCAGAUUGUGAAGAUGCUGCUCGACCGGAAAGAAACCGACACGAAGCUAGUGAACAAGUCGAACGAAACAGCCAUGGACACUGCAGAGAAGCUCGGGCAGGGAGAGGCAGCGGGCAUCCUGCAGGAGUACGGCGUGGUGAGCGUGAAGAAAAUCAAGCCCGAGCCAGCAACGCGGGCGCGCGAGCUGAAGCAGACGGUGAGCGACAUCAAGCACGAGGUCCACGACCAGCUGGAGCACACGCGGCAGACGAGGAGGCGAGUGCAGGGGAUCGCGAAGCGGCUGGACAAGAUGCACGCGGAAGGGCUGAACAACGCCAUCAACUCGACCACGGUGGUGGCGGUGCUCAUUGCCACGGUGGCGUUCGCGGCCAUCUUCACUGUCCCGGGGCAGUACGCGGACGACCCGCGGGAGCUGGCCCCGGGGGUGUCUCUGGGCGAGGCAAACGUGGCGCCGCAGCUGCCGUUCCUCAUCUUCUUCCUGUUCGACUCGUUCGCGCUCUUCAUAUCGCUGGCGGUGGUGGUGGUGCAGACGUCGGUGGUGGUGAUCGAGUGCAAGGCGAAGAAGCAGAUGAUGGCGAUCAUCAACAAGCUCAUGUGGCUGGCGUGCGUGCUCAUCUCGGUCGCGUAUAUGGCGCUGGCGUUUAUAGUGGUGGGGAGGAAGGAGCGGUGGCUGGCGAUUGGGGUGGCGGUCAUCGGAACCACAAUACUGGCGACGACGUUAGGCACCAUGAGUUAUUGGGUGGUUGUGCAUCGGAUUGAGGCCAAGAACAAGAAGAGUUUGAGAAGGAAGAGCUCUCGAGGCUCCAGAUCCUGGUCGAUUUCCGCGCUCUCUGAUUCUGAUGUUGAUUUCAAGAAAAUGUAUGCAAUUUGAACAAUCCAUGCACAGAGAUAAUCCCAACAAUGGAAUUUGAAAGUUGUUUUGAUACUAAAAGUAAAAUU